AAAUCUCGAAACAAAAGCAGUAGACUUUGAAGUUGAAAAACCCCAGAUGAGAUCAUAGAGCAUUCAAUCAUGGAAGAAGUCGGAGAAAAUGAAGCAACCCCUCUCCACUUCAAUGCAGAGAACCAAGUAAGACGGAAUUCAAAGGACGGGUUUUUUCUGGGUUUGAUUUUAAGGCCGUUUCAUUGGUUCAAAUUGCUCGCUGAGCAGUUGCAUUGGAGCUUUGUGCUAGGAGUGGUGGUUGUGUAUGGAAUCAGUCAAGGUCUGGGUGUGGGUCUGAGUAGGGUCAGCACACAGUACUAUAUGAAAGAUGAACAGAAGGUGCAGCCUUCUCAAGCUCAGGUUCUGAUUGGUAUAAUUCACAUUCCUUGGAUUGUAAAGCCUCUCUGGGGUCUCCUCACUGACACGGUUCCAGUUCUAGGCUACCGUAGGCGGCCCUAUUUCAUUUUCGCUGGAGUUCUUAGCGUCAUAUCCAUGCUCAUGCUGUCAUUGCACAGGAAUUUGCGUCUUGCAUUUGCCUUGUUGUAUCUGAUAGCAGGGAGUGCUGGCAUUGCGAUUGCAGAUGUGGCAAUUGAUGCUUGUGUCACUCAGCAUACAAUAAACCAUCCUUCCCUUGCUGGUGAUAUGCAGAGCUUGUGUGGAUUGAGCUCUUCUAUUGGAGCAUUUGUGGGAUUCUCUCUUAGUGGCUUUUUUGUUCACCUAGUCGGACCUAAGGGUGUGUUUGGAUUGCUUAGUUUCCCAGCAGGACUUGUGGUUGUGAUUGGGAUGAUGUUAAGAGAAUCUCCAGCACGCAACUUUGCUUACAGAAAGGUAAAGGAGAAGUUUGUAGAUGCUAGUAAGGCUGCAUGGGCAACCCUAAAAUGCCGGGAUGUGUGGAGACCAUGUUUGUACAUGUACUUGUCUCUUGCCCUAGGCUUGCACAUCCACGAAGGAAUGUUCUAUUGGUAUACAGAUGCAAAGAAUGGUCCAUUGUUCUCACAGGAGGUUGUUGGAUCAAUAUUCUCUAUUGGUGCUAUUGGUUCCCUUCUUGGUGUUGUUCUUUACCAAAACUUGUUGAAGAACCACCCUUUUCGUGAAAUUCUUUUCUGGACCCAGUUGUUGCAUGGUUUGUCUGGAUUGCUAGAUUUGAUACUGGUGUUACGAAUAAAUUUGAAACUUGGUGUGCCAGAUUAUUUCUUUGUGGUGAUUGACGAAGCUGUUUCUCGUAUGAUUGGGCGUGUUAAAUGGAUGCCUUUUCUUGUACUUAGUACCAAGCUUUGCCCUGCUGGUAUAGAAGGAACUUUCUUUGCUUUGAUCAUGUCAAUUGAUCAUGUAGGGAUGCUUACAUCGUCUUGGGCAGGAGGCUUGUUGCUCCACAUCUUGAAAGUUACAAGAACACAGUUUGACAACCUUUGGAUAGCCAUUGUCAUCCGCAGCCUAUUAAGAAUUGUUCCAAUAGGAUUGCUGUUUUUGAUACCCAGAAGUGAUCCCAACUUGUCCAUUCUUCCAUCUGAGGUUUUGCGGACGAAAAAGGGUGACAAUAUAGUUGAACCGGAGAAUGUGGAGAUGGCCUCACUGGUCAAUAGCAUCUGACUGGAACUGAGAUUAAGUUAAAAUAUCACAAAGAACAUCAGCUUCUUUUGGACCAAAUAGAGAAUAUCAACCAUAAACUAUCGAUUAUGAUUCAAACUUGACUAUUUCAGUUCAACUCCCAUCUCUUAGCCACACAAUUCAGUAACAAUCUUUUACCAUGUAUAUGCUUUUCAAGGACAACUCAUUCUUCUUCCUUGCUUACAACUCCAGACACUUCCCUGGUGAAUACUCUAAUUAGUUGUCAAUAGAUUUAUUGUUGGAAGUCGCCUUUGAGUUUCAAGUCAUCUGUGCAAGUGCAACACCUUAUUGUAUUUGUAUGCUCAAUAUCAAGGAUUCAGAAUUAGAGUUUGGAUUGUCUUGAAACUCCAGCUUUCUUACUUGGCUGAUUUCCUUCAAGCAAUGGAUUCAAAUUGAGCAUCCUUUGGAAGAGGGAACAAGAUCACGAGACUCACUGGAAUUCACUGUGAUUACCAAUUUGAUGGAUACUGCAGGUGUGCUUUCUUUUUAUUGCUUGAUUGAAUUUUAUCUUUUCCUAUAUACCAUCUCUGCAUGAUCGUCUAUCCUUCAUGGAGGCUGUUGCUCUUGAGCUUUGACCAUAUGACUUGAUUAUUGUUCAACUGUAUUACUAAUCAUAGGCAUAGAAUGUUGUAAAAUCGUAACAUUUUAUCUUUCCAUUAUUUUUAGCCAAUAACAAAAUCAGGUACCA